CGACAAAAUGGACGCAAAAUUCAUUGGAAAGGACUCCCAGAAGGGCGAACAGGACCAGAGUUCCGAGACUCACGAUGCCAAGACGUGUACCGACCAGAAACAUGAUCAUCACGAAGAAGCAUCGACGCACCAACAACAAGCCCACAAACACACUGAGCAGAAGGACGAAGAACAUCACGGGAAGCACGACGACUGAGCGGAGCCAACUCACAAAUCAACCGAAUACAUCAAAGCACCGC